AUGGGUGAGCUCACUCCUGAUUCACGUCUCCAUCGGUAAGAUGCAAAAUAAAAACUAAUCACAGGUGGAACGGCCUUGAAGUCACCCCCACCAGUAAAUGAUUUCCAUUCAAAUGUUUUCAUUAUUGAACCAUUUACAUAUCUGAUGGUUUUAGAGGUACAGUAUAUUGAGAGAAAAUAAUGUCCCCCUCUUUACCAUUUCAUACUGCCACAGGUGAGAUAUGCUUUAAAGUAACUGUCCAGUGAAAAUCUCACUUUUAAAAGUUCGUAUUCUGUUAACUCAUAUUCAUACCCAAAUAAUGUUGUUGACUCGUCUUAUACUCGUAUUUGAGGCCAAAACAUAAAUUGGAGAAGAAACUUAAAAAACCUCAAACUUUAAUCUCAAACAGACCAUUUCAAAAGUACUUUCUAUUUCCUCAAAAAGGAUGAUGUCAAUCAGCGGUCUACUCAUAUUAAUAUUUUUUAUGACCGGUAUACGCUCACACCACUCUGUUGUUGGGGUACACCCACACAAUUCCAAAACAGAAAAGCUGAUUUUUAACAUACCUAAUUACCCACUUUUUGGAAGAAAAACUAUUUCACUCAUAUUGUAAUUAAUUAUAGGUCAUAUUUCAAAUAAAUCUGGAAACACUAGAUAAUUACUUUAAAGUGUGUUUUUAAAGCCUCCACCUUGAGUUUUGUUUCUAUGGCAACUCAUUUCUGGGGCCCAGAUAAAAGAGCUAUUGUGAUGUUUUUGCGGAUGAUUGGAGACAAACUGAGUGCAUUGCUGCUGGUUGGGAGGGAGAUGUGUCUUGUUAAAGUCCUGACAGUGUUCGCAGGGCUUUGAAAUCAUUGUUUUUACCAGGCCACCGGCUGACGUUUGAUCUUAUCCCUGUACACUCUGAUAUUUAAUAGUAGAAUAACCAUACUACUAUACAACGGGUGAGACAUAACACCACAAUCACAGAGGGAUCAAUGAUAAAUGACACUCAGAAUGGCGCUGCAAUGGAUAGCAGACGUUUUACGGGCUCCUGACCAAUUCUGCUAUUUGAUUAUAUAUAUUUUUGCUGAUCUUAACUUUUUGUUCUACAUAAUGUUUCCGCCAUCGUUUCCUAUGACCAAAAGGAGCUACUUGACAUCAGAACAGCGAUCACUAACCUCGAUUUGGAUGAAGAUUUCUACUUUAACGAGUCGGAGGCUCGGGACAUACUGCUCAACCUGGAACAGGCCCUGAUCCCAGAGACUCUGAAAAGAAGGAGGUGGAGUAAGAGAGAACAAGAUGUGGGCACCCUGACAUAAACCGCCUCUACCCUCCGUUCUAUUGGCCAACGUACAAUCACUGGAGAACAAACUGGAUGAGUGCCGUUCGAGACUAUCCUAUCAAUGGGACCUGAUGAACUGUAAUAUCCUAUGCUUCUCAGAGUCGUGGCUGAUGAAGGAGAUGGAUAAUAUACCGUACAUCUAGCUGGUUUUUCUAUGCAUCGGCAGAACAGAACUUCAGCGUUGGGUAAGCUCAAGGGAGGAGGUGUGUGUCUCUUUGUUAACAACGCUAAUAUUAAGGAAGUCUCGAGGUUCUGCUCGCCUGAGUUAGAAUACCUCAUGAUAAUCUGCAGACCAUAAUAUUUACCAAGAUAAUUUUCAUCUAUAUUUUUUGAAGCAGUCUAUUUACCACCACAAACCGAUGCUGGCACUAAGACCGCACUCAACGAGCUGUAUAGGGCCAUAAGCAAGCAAGAAAAUGCACAUCCAGAGGUGGCGCUCCUAGUAGCUGAUGAAUUUUAAUGCAGGAAAACUGAAAUCCGUUUUACCAAAAUUCUACCAACUAGAGCCAAAAAAACUCUAGAUCACCUUUACUCCAUACACAGAGACACAUAUUUGCCCUCCAUUUGGCAAAUCUGACAAUAACUCGAACCCAUGUCAUCCAAAAAGUUAUACUUUUGACUCAUCUGUCCAUAGAACAUUCUUCCAAGAGUAUUGAUGAUCAUACAGGUGCUUCCAGGUGCUUUUGGAAAACUUGAGUAAAUGUUUUGGAUGAGAUGGGACCCAUGUGGUCCUCUGUAGCUCAGCUGGUACAGCACGGCGCUUGUAACGCCAAGGUAGUGGGUUCGAUCCCCGGGACCACCCAUACGUAAAAAUGUAUGCACGCAUGACUGUAAGUCGCUUUGGAUAAAAGCGUCUGCUAAAUGGCAUAUUAUUAUAUUAUUAUAAUGUCUGGCGAAAACCAAACACUGCAUUCCACAGCAAGAAUCUCAUACCAACGGUCAAGCAUGGUGAUGGUAGUGUGAUGCUUUGGGGAUGCUUUGCUGCCUCAGGACCUGGACGACUUGCCUUAAUAGAAGGAACCAUAAAUUCUGCUCUGUAUCAGAAUUCUACAGGAGAAUGUCAGGCCAUCCGUCUUUGAGCUGAAGCUGAAGCGCAGCUGGGUCAUGCAGCAAGACAAUUAUCCAAAAGCAACAAAUUUGAUGUUUUGGAAUGGCCUAGUCCAGACCUAAUCUCCAUUAAAAUGUUGUGGCAGGACUUGAACCGAGCAGUUCAUGCUUGAAAACCCACAAAUGUCGCUGAGUUAAAGCAGUUCUGCAUGCAAGAGUGGGCCAAAAUUCCUCCACAGCGAUGUGAGAAACUGAUCAACAUCUACAGGUUGCAGUCACUGCAGCUAAAGGUGGCACAACCAGUUAUUGAGUGUAAGGGGGCAAUUACUUUUUCACACAGGGGAAUUGGGUGGUGCAUAACUUUGUUAAUUAAAUAAAUAAAAUAACUAUCUUUUUUUUGUGUGUAAACUCUAAUAUUUGUUAAUAAUAUUAGGUUUUGGUUGAAGAUCUGAUAACAUUCAAUAUUAAAAAUAUGCAAAAAUAGAGAAAAUCAGAAAGGGGCAAAUACUUUUUCACUGCACUAUAAUGCUGUUCAUUGACUACAGCUCAGCGUUCAACGCCAUAGUACCAAGCUAAGGACUGAACACUUCCCUCUGCAACUGGCUCCUGGAAUUCCUGAUGGGCCGCCCUCAGGUGUUGAGGGUAGGCAACAACACAUCUGCCACGCUGACCCUCAACAUUGGGGCCCCUCAGGGGUGCGUGCUUAGUCCCCUCCUGUACUCCCUGUUCACCCAUGACUGUGUGGCCUCACAUAACUCCAACACCAUCAUUAAGUUUGCUGACAACACGAUGGUGGUAGGCCUGAUCACCGAUGACAAUGAGGCAGCUUAUAGGGAGGAGUUCAGCGACCUGACAGUGUGGUGCCAGGACAACAACCUCUCCCUCAACGUCAGCAAGACAAAGGAGCUGAUCGUGGACUACUGGAAACGGAGGGCCGGGAACGCCCCCAUUCACAUCGACAGGGGCUGUAGUGGAGCCGGUCGAGAGCAUCAAGUUCCUCAGUGUCCACAUCACUAAGUAUCUAUCAUGGUCCACACACACCAACACAGUCAUGAAGUAACAUAAAAAAACAUAAACAAACAUUUGCGAAGGGUGUUUGGUGCUAAAUGAGGGAUGGAAACAUAGAGCAUUCUAAUUACUGAGCGAGUGUGGGCACCUGCUGGAUAACUACAGUAUGUGGACUGACCGCCACAUGUUUUCCAGCAACCUGUCCACAAACCAUCUGGGGUGGUGAGCAAAGGGGUAUACUACAACGUAGGAUCAAUGAGUUAGCCAGUUCACUUUCCUAAAUAUUCUGAAAUAAUAUAUAUAUAUAUAUAUAUAUUUUUUUUUUUUUGAUGAGCUUGAAAUUGGCAUGGUCUAAUUGACUCGACAAACAAGAACACAUAUCCAAGUUCAGCUUUCUUAAUGAACAAUAAAAUAAAUAGUUAUUUAUGCUUGUUUAUCAAGGUUAGCUGGGGAACUCAUUGAUCCUGCUUUGUAGUAUACCCCUUAGGCCUACAUUUCUUGGAUUACAAUGUACCUGAAAAUGUAAAUAAACAGUGUUAGCUCGCGUGUGAUCUUCCAUAUACAAAUGUCUAGCAGUAGGAAUAUGAACAAAAAUCUGCAAACAUUUGCAAAGUGUGUUUGGCACUAAAUGAGGGGAUAGCAAUGGGAGUGGAUUGUCUGACUUGACGUGUGCAUGGUCAUCUUGGUACCUGGACCCCGUCUGUGCAUUUCAAGGCAGCAUUGAGACAAUGACUUCUCAGGGAUCCAAGCCCUGUUCAGAUAAUCCCUACCAUUGUGUCGCUGAGUUGUCAUUGUGCUGCUGCAAAUGGACAUUGUCCCAGGGGUGUUGGGCAGUCAUAAUAGAAGUAACCUAAUUUAUGUUCCAUUAACUCCCCUGAAUGCCUCUGUCAAUCCAACAACCAUUAUCAGCAGUAAUCAUGCGCAUAUGAACCAGAGUUAUUUUAUUAGAUUUUUUAUCUUUAUUUAACUAGACAAGUUGGUUAAGAACACAUUCUUAUUUACAAUGACAGCCUACAGGAUGACGUUGGGCCAAUUGUGCGCCGCCCUAUGGGACUCCCAAUCACGGCCGGUUGUGAUACAGCCUGGAAUAGUGACGCCUCAAGCACUGAGAUGCAGUGCCUUAGACCACUUGCGCCACUCGGGAGCCCGUUAUACUGUUAGCACUGAGACGGUUUGCCCUAGUAAGAAGCCCACUAUGUGCAGUUUACCCUAGUAGGAAGCCCACUGUGUGCAGUUCACCCUCAACUAUCAGUUCAAACAUAAAUAUGUCUUCUUCUGAUAAGCCUCCCAGCAAUAAAGCAAUAAAAACAAUCAACCAAGAAAAGUGCUAAAAAUAGCUCACAUUAACAUACCUAAAAAACAAGGUUCAUGACAUCGAUAACUUGCUAGUAACAGAUAACAUUCAUAUUCAGAAUCAUAUUCCUGUAAAGCUUAGAGAGGAUCACAUGUCAAAUGCUGUUGAAGUAAUAUGGCUAUAGGUUCACCUGCCUCACCUAAAGCCUAUUCUUGUGGGAAGUUGCUAUAGACCACCAAGUGCUAACAGUCAGUAUCUAGAUAAUAUGUGUGAAAUGCUUGAUAAUGUAUUUGAUAUCAACAGAGAGGUAUAUUUUCCGGGUGACUUAAAUAUUGACUGGCUUUCAUCAAGCUGUACACUCAAGAAAAAGCUUCAAAUUGUAACCAGUGCCUGCAACCUGGUUCAAGUUAUCAGUCAACCUACCAGGGUAGUUACAAACCAGCACAAUAAUUAAAUCAUUCACAUGUAUUGAUCACAUCUUUACUGAUGCUGCAGAAAUCUGCUUUAAAGCAGUAUCCACAUCCAUCGGAUGUAGUGAUCAUAAUAUAGUAGCCAUAUCUAGGAAAACCAAAGUUCCAAAGGCUGGGCCUAAUACAGUGUAUAAGAGGUCAUACAAUACGUUUUGUAGUGAUUCCUAUGUUAAAGAUGUAAAGAAUAUGUGCUGGUCUGUGGUGUGUAAUGAGGAGCAAUCAGACGCUGCACUUGACACAUUUAUGAAAUUGCUUAUUCCAGUUACUAAUAAGCAUACAAAAUGACUGUAAAAACUGUUAAAUCCCCAUGGAUUGAUGAGGAAUUGAAAAAUGGUAUGGUUGAGAGGGAUUAGGCAAAAGGAAUGGCAAAUAAGUCUGGCUGCACAGCCCAUUGGCAAAGGUACUGUAAAUUCAGAAAUCAUGUGACUAAACUAAACAAGAAAAAGAAGAAACUGUACUUUGAAACAAAGAUAAAUUACAUAAAUAAUGAUAGUAAAAAGCUUUGGAGUACCUUAAAUGAAAUUUUGGGCAAAAAGUAAAACAGAGCUCCAUCAUUCAUUGAAUCAGAUGGCUCAUUCAUCACAAAACCCACUGAUAUUGCCAACUACUUUAAAUACUUUUUCAUUGGCAAGAUAAGCAAACUUAGGCAUGAGAUGACAAUAACAAAUUCUGAACAUGCAUAACUCAUCAAAUUAUGAAAGACAAAGCUCCAGAAAGUGAGUGCGGAAGAGGCGAAAAAAUAUUGUUGUCUAUCAACAAUGAAAAGCCAUCUGGGUCUGACAACUUGGAUGGAAAAUGACUCCUAUUUGCCAUCUCUUCAAUCUAAGCCUACAGGAAAGUGUGUGCCCUCAGGCCUGGAGGGAAGCAAAAGUCAUUCUACUACCCAACAAUAGCAAAGCACCCUUCACUGUCUGAAACAGCCGACCAAUCAGCCUGUUACCAACCCUUAGUAAACUUUUGGAGAAAAACAUUAUUUGACCAGAUACAAUGCUAUUUCACAGUAAACAAAUGAACAACAUAUUUUCAGCAUGCUUAUAGGGAAGGGCACUCAACAUGCACAACACUUACACAAAUGACUGAUGAUUGGCUGAAAGAAAAUGAUAAUAAGAAGAUUGUGGGAGCUGUUUUGUUAGACUUCGGUGCAGCCUUUGACAUCAAUAAUAAUGUGUUGCUUGAAAAACGUACGUGUUAUGGCUUCACACCCCCUGCUAUAUCGUGGAUCGAGAGUUACCUGCUUCACAUCCCCUGUUAUAUCGUGGAUCGAGAGUUACCUGUCUAACAGAACACAGAGGGUGUUCUUUAAUGGAAGCCUCUCCAACAUAAUCCAGGUCGAGUCAGGCAUUCCCCAGGGCGGCUCUCUAGGCCCCUUACUUUUUUCAAUCUUUACUAAUGACCUGCCACUGGCUUUUAAUAUAGCCUAUGUGUCUAUGUAUGCGGAUGACUCAUCACUAUACACAUCAGCUACCACAGCAAGUGAAAUCACUGCAACACUUAACAAAGAGCUGCAGUCAGUUUUAGAAUGGGUGGCAAGAAAUAAGCUUGUCCUAAAUAUUUAAAAAAAGGUUAAAGGAUUGUAUUUGGGACAAAUCAUUCACUAAACCCUAAACCUCAAUUAAAUAUGUUAUUGAAUAAUGUGGAAAUUUUGCACGUUGAGGAGACUAAACUUCUUAGUCAAAACAUAUCGAUGCAACGGUAGCUAAGAUGGGGAGAGGUCUGGCCAUAACAAAGCACUGCUCUGCUUUCUUGACAUUGCUAUCAACAAAACAAGUCACACAGACCCUAUUUUUGAUGCACCUGGACUACUGCCCAGUCAUAUCAUCAAGUGCCACAAAGAGAGAUAUUACAGCAAAUUACAAUUGGCUCAGAACAGAGUAGCAUGGCUGGCCCUUAAAUGUACACCGAGAGCUAACAUCAAUAAAAUGCAUGUCAAUCUCUCCUAGCUCAAAGUAGAGGAGAGAUUGACUGCAUCACUACUUGCCUUUGUGAGAGGUAUUGACAUUUUGAAAGCACCGAGCUGUCUGUUUAAACGACUAGCACACAGUUUAGACACCCAUGCAUACCCCACAAGACAUGCCACCACAGGUCUAUUCACAGUCCCCAAGUGCAGAACAGACUAUGGGAAACACACAGCACUACACAGAGCCAUGACUACAUGGACCAUUAUUCCACAUCAAGUAACUCAAACAGUAAAAUCAGAUUAUGGAACAGUGCGGACUGUGGGGAGACACACACACACACACACAGGCAUACAUUUACAUUUACGGCAUUUAGCAGACGCUCUUAUCCAGAGCGACUUACAUAUUGGUGCAUUCACUGGGCAUACACACGCAAUCUACACACAAGUACAUUUUAAUAUUGUUAUAUUGCUGUAUUAUGGAUUUUGAAUGGUAGAUACUGUAUGUUGUGGUAGAGUAGUGGUGUAAUAAUGUGUUGUAUUGUAGAUAUGUUGGGGUAGAGUAGUGGUGUAAUAAUGUGUUGUAUUGUAGAUAUGUGUGGUAGAGUAGUGUGGUGUAAUAAUGUGUUUGUUUGUAGUAUGUUGUGGUCGCGUAUGUUGUCCUAAUGUUUGUCUUGUCGCUCUGUUGUGGUCGGUCGUGUGUUAAUGUGUUGUUUCUUGUAGCUUGUUGCGUCGUGUGGUGUCCUCCUGUGUUGUAUUGUCGCUCUGUUGUGGUCGGUUGUGUGUCCUCCGUGUUUUCUUGUCGCUCUGUUGCGGUCGCGUCGUGGUGUCCUCCUGUGUUGUCUUGUCGCUCUGUUGUGGUCGCGUCGUGGUGUCCUCCUGUGUUGUCUUGUCGCUCUGUUGUGGGUGCUGUCGUGGUGUAACUCCUGUGUUGUAUUGUAGAUAUGUUGGGGUAGGGUAGUGUGUAAUAAUCUGUUGUGUAAUGUACUGUUUUAUUUUGUGAUGUAGUCGCCUUAAUCUCGUUUGGACCCCAGGAAGAGUAGCUGCUGCCUUGGCAGGAACUAAUGGCGGUCCUUAAUAAAUACAAAUACAAAUACAAGGACUGACUUUGUCCCUCAAUGUGUUUUAGAGUUCAUAAUAGGCUACUGCAAUACUCAGGAUGUAGUUUUCCACGGUCCUUCUAGCACCAUUUACUUGAUGAUCUGAUAGGUCAGUGAAGAGUGUGAACAAAUAUCACACUGACCUGCAUUUGGCCUCAACAUGUGAGGAUAGUUCCAAAUUGGUCAGUUUACUGUUUGAAUCACCAAUCCGUAUCAUACACAUCUAUUUCUAAAUGAGGACUAUUUGCUGGUCAGCAAAAUGCAUUUAGCAUUGCUUCAGUGAGCAGUUUUAAACAGUUACUUGCUACAGGCAACAACCAGAGAGGAAAUGCAAGGCCAGAAGAAGAGAUAUAUAGAAAAGGUGCAGGUUGUUAUCUUCUGGUUUAAUUUGGAUUGUAGAUGGAUGCAGCAUGUAGAUGGAAUGUUCCCUGUAUUGUAUCCAUCCAUUGACUAUGGCAUACCUUCCUUUUCCCCACCAAAUGGAUUGUUGUGUUCUAUUGAUUUCUAUUGGUUCUAUUGAUUUCUAUUGGUUCUAUUGGUUCAAUAGAUUAUAUUGAUUUCUAGUGGUUCUAUUGAUUUCUAUUGGUUCUAUUGGUUCUAUAGGUUUGUAGUCACAUUUACAGUAUGAGACCUAAGAGGCUCGUUUGAUUAUUUCCUUAGUCACGAUGAUCACUCAUCAUUGUCCUUCCUCCCUCUCUCCUUCUCUCUCUCUCCUUCUCUCCCUCUACGCCCCCCUCUCUCUCCUUCUCUCUCUCUCCUUCUCUCUCUCUACGCCCCCCUCUCUCUCCCUCUCUCGCUCGCCCCCCCCCCCUCCCUCUCCCCCCUCCCUCUCCAUAGGGGCCAUCUUUGAUGAUUCUGCCAGGAAGGAUGACGAGGUGUUCCGCAUGGCUGUGGCGGACCUCAACCUCAACAACGAGAUCCUGGAGACGGAGAAGAUCACCAUCUCUGUGGAGUUUGUGGACGGGAACAACCCUUUCCAGGCGGUCCAGGAAGGUAAGGCCUUACCCUGCCCUCCCCCUCACCCCUCAGCCCUCAUUCACUACUACCACCACCACCUUACCCUGCCCUCACCCUCACCCUUCCACUGGCCCAUCUCAGACUCAGCGAGGCCAGAGGAGUUUCUGGCACAGUCCAUUUUAUUUUCCCUCGCCGACUCUGCAUGGUUUUUCUUUCUGUGGAGUAGAGGAACCGUUGGCUUUGGAUAUGCUUCAACCUUGCACAGUACCGGAUGCAACCAACAUGAAUCCAUCUUAA